AUGCGAGGCUUGACACCUAAGAACGGUGUACAUAUUGAGACGGGUCCGGAUACAGAAUCGUCCGCGGACUCCAGCAACUUUUCUACAGGUUUCAGCGGCAAGAUUCGUAAGCCAAGGUCGAAAGUAAGUAAAGCGUGCGAUAACUGUAGAAAAAGAAAGAUAAAAUGUAAUGGGAAGUUUCCCUGCGCAAGCUGUGAGAUAUAUUCAUGUGAGUGCACGUUCAGCACUAGACAAGGUGGCGCUCGAAUAAAAAACCUUCACAAGACGAGUUUGGAAGGUACAACCGUACAAGUCAAAGAGGAAACAGAUUCCAGUUCGACUUCUUUUUCUAAUCCUCAGCGAUGUACAGACGGGCCAUGCGCAGUGGAACAACCAACGAAAUUUUUUGAGAAUUUCAAGCUAGGUGGUCGUAGUAGUGGUGAUAAUAGCGGAAGUGAUGGGAAGAAUGACGACGAUGUGAAUAGAAACGGUUUUUAUGAAGACGAUAGCGAAUCACAGGCAACUUUGACAUCUCUACAAACCACUCUGAAAAAUUUGAAGGAGAUGGCUCAUUUAGGUACACAUGUAACCUCAGCCAUCGAGAGCAUUGAACUUCAGAUAAGUGACUUGCUUAAGCGAUGGGAACCCAAAGUGAGGACCAAAGAAUUAGCAACAACGAAAUUUUACCCUAAUAAAUCAAUAGAAACUCAAUUGAUGAAAAACAAAUACUGUGAUGUGGUACAUUUGACAAGAUAUGCCGCUUGGUCAAACAAUAAGAAGGACCAAGAUACUUCUAGUCAACCUUUGAUCGACGAAAUCUUUGGUUUGUACUCUCCUUUCCAAUUUUUGUCACUUCAAGGUAUUGGUAAAUGUUUCCAAAAUUAUAGAUCCAAAUCCAAAUGCGAGAUUUUUCCCAGGACCGCCAAGGAAACCAUAUACAUCAUGUUAAGGUUUUUCGACGUUUGUUUUCAUCACAUCAACCAAGGCUGUGUCUCCAUAGCUAAUCCCCUGGAAAACUACCUACAGAAAAUGAAUCUUUUACCUUCAACCCCAUCUUCGAUAUCAUCUGCAGGGAGCCCGAAUACAGCACACACAAAAUCGCAUGUUGCGUUAGUGAUAAAUCACUUACCGCAGCCCUUUGUGAGAAAUAUAACCGGAAUAAGUAAUUCUGAGCUACUAAGCGAAAUGAAUAAUGAUAUCAGCAUGUUUGGCAUUUUAUUGAAGAUGUUGGAUAUGCAUAAAAAUUCCUACCAGAACUUCCUAAUGGAAAUCACAUCUAACCCCUCCGUGGCUAAAAACACGCAGUCAAUUGAUGUCUUGCAGGAAUUCAUCCAUUAUUGUCAAGCUGGAGAGGCGCUAAUCGCCUUAUGUUACAGCUAUUAUAAUUCUACAUUAUACAACUACGUGGACUUCACAUGCGACAUAACGCAUUUAGAGCAACUUCUAUACUUUUUGGAUCUGCUAUUUUGGCUAUCGGAAAUAUACGGUUUUGAAAAAGUCUUGAACGUAGCAGUUCAUUUUGUUUCAAGAGUUGGUUUAUCAAGGUGGGAAUUUUACGUGGGUCUUGAUGAAAACUUUGCUGAAAGAAGAAGAAAUCUCUGGUGGAAAGCUUUCUAUUUCGAGAAAACUUUAGCCUCUAAACUUGGCUAUCCUUCGAACAUUGAUGACUCCAAAAUCAAUUGUUUAUUACCUAAGAAUUUUCGAGAUGUUGGGUUCUUGGAUAAUAGAGAUUUUAUCGAGAACGUCCACUUAGUUCGCAGGAGCGAAGCUUUUGACAACAUGUGCAUAUCCGACUUAAAAUACUAUGGCGAAUUAGCUGUCUUACAAAUAGUCAGCCAUUUCUCAUCAUCUGUUUUAUUCAAUGAAAAAUUCACGUCAAUUAGGAAUACAUCAAAACCAUCUGUUGUUAGAGAGAAACUACUCUUCGAGGUACUCGAGAUUUUUAACGAAACAGAAAUGAAAUAUGAUGCUAUCAAAGAGCAAACUGGAAAAUUGUUCGAUAUUGCAUUCUCUAAAGAUAGUACUGAACUCAAAGUUUCAAGAGAGGAUAAGAUUAUGGCUUCAAAAUUUGUUCUAUUUUACGAGCACCAUUUCUGCAGAAUGGUUAACGAAUCUGAUAAUAUUGUCGCCAGAUUAUGCGUGCACAGAAGGCCCUCAAUACUAAUUGAAAACUUGAAAAUAUACCUUCACAAGAUUUACAAAUCAUGGACCGAUAUGAACAAAAUCUUAUUAGACUUUGACAACGAUUAUUCCGUAUACCGUUCGUUCGCCCAUUAUUCUAUCAGUUGCAUUAUUUUGGUAUCACAAGCAUUCUCAGUGGCCGAAUUCAUUAAAGUAAAUGACGUUGUGAAUAUGAUUAGAGUCUUCAAAAGAUUUUUGGAUAUAAAAAUUUUUUCCGAAAAUGAGACCAAUGAGCAUGUCUUCAACAGCCAAAGCUUUAAAGACUAUACAAGAGCUUUUUCUUUCCUGACAAUCGUCACUCGUAUCAUGCUUUUGGCAUACGGAGAGUCCUCUAGCACCAACCUCGAUGUUAUCUCCAAAUAUAUUGAUGAGAAUGCGCCAGAUUUAAAAGGUAUAAUAGAACUUGUCUUGGAUACAAACUCUUGCGCUUAUCGAUUUUUAUUAGAACCUGUUCAGAAGUCAGGAUUCCAUUUAACGGUCUCACAAAUGUUGAAAAAUAGAAAGUUUCAGGAACCACUAAUGUCAAAUGAAGAUAAUAAGCAGAUGAAGCAUAAUUCGGGAAAAAAUUUGAAUCCGGAUCUCCCAAGUCUUAAGACGGGCACUUCAUGCUUACUAAAUGGCAUUGAAUCGCCUCAAUUGCCAUUCAAUGGUCGCUCAGCACCUUCCCCAGUGAGAAACAACUCACUACCGGAGUUUGCACAAUUGCCUUCAUUUAGGUCAUUAUCCGUGUCUGAUAUGAUCAAUCCCGAUUACGCGCAACCAACAAAUGGGCAAAAUAAUACGCAAGUCCAAUCUAAUAAACCAAUCAAUGCUCAGCAGCAAAUACCCACUUCAGUACAAGUACCAUUUAUGAACACAAAUGAAAUCAAUAACAACAACAACAACAACAACAACAAUAAAAACAAUAUUAACAAUAUUAACAACAACAACAGUAACAAUUUUUCUGCAACUAGUUUUAAUUUGGGGACACUAGAUGAAUUUGUUAAUAACGGUGAUCUUGAGGACCUCUACAGUAUCCUGUGGAGCGACGUUUAUCCAGAUAGUUAA